UGAGAGCUAAGACAAGAGGAAGAGUUUGAAGAGGAGCUUACCUACUAUUGAGUGUAAUCAGGAAAACGCUUCUCACACACAAAUCACACUCCAAGGAGGGAAUUGUUGUGAUUGCAAGUUGCUGGUCAAGAGAGAGAGAGAGAGAGAGAGAUGAGCCCCCGUAGUAUGGCAGGUGUGAUGAAGAAGCGAGUCGAGAGGCACCUGCAUGUAGCGAUGGCGUGUGUGUUGAUGGCUUUAUAUGUCUUCGUCAACGGUGUCCCUGGCAGACCACCACCACCAGCAGAGGGAUGUGUUGGACGAGGGUGUCAUGUACAACUCCUCGCUGACACACUACACAGCAGAGUGAAGCGACCAUUGGGAGAUAAACUGCAACUGGACAUGACGGGUGCUUCUUGGAGGUCUUGGCAAGGUGAUGACCCCGGGAGCCCUUGUGUCGACUAUGAGACCAGGUUCGGACAUGAUGUGGCGCGAGUGUGGCUGGUGUCCUUCCCGUGUUCUGGCAACACGUGGGUUCGCUACCUGCUGGAGUCAGCGACAGGGGUCUUCACCGGCUCCGCUUACAAAGACAAAAUACUUUACGAGGCUGGGAUGUUUGGAGAGAUGGAGGCCCCCAGCAGCGGCAGGACCUUGGUGCAGAAGACCCACGGUGGUGCUGUCUACGGCAGUCCUCAACACGACCUACUCACGCGCUACUCCCUCAUCAACCCUCAUCUACCCACCAUCCUGCUCCUCCGUCACCCUGCCAGAGCCAUCAUCUCCUACUGGAAGUUCUACACAUCAAGGACCAGGAACAAUAAACACACAGCCCAGAUAUCACCAAGUAUGUUCGGUGGAAAAGGUUUUCGUCAGUUUGUGGCAGAGACGACGUUACUGUGGGAGGAGGUGACGACUGACAGGUUGUUGUGGAGCUCCGGCCCACUCUACGUGUUGCACUACGAACACCUCCUCCAGAACACCACCCAUCACCUUCGCCAUCUCCUCCACUUUCUCAGGGUACAGAAGGACGAGGGACGGAUGGCCUGCGUCUCCACUCACCUGACAGGGUCGUUCAAGCGUUCAGGCAACAACAGCAACUUCGAUCCCUUCACGAAAGACGAGAAGAUGAGGAUGACCAGUGCUGUGAAGAGAGUCAACCGCCUCCUAUUACUGCUGGGCUACCCCCAACCUCCUGUUUACGAAGGGUUCCUUGUACCGACCAGUCUAUAGAAUAUAAGGUCUGCUCACGCAUCAAAGAAAACGGAACCUCUAGGAGCUCGUGACGUCAUUUGUGCUCACCCUUCUUUGGUCGAGAUCACAUAUUAUACCGACUAAAUUUAGCCUCGGUAAUUGUCUUCCUCACAUACACACACACACACACACACACACACACACACGAGGGGGACAGCAGCCGACAGAGAGGAAAACAUUCUAUAUUAAAUAUCACACACACACACACACAACGGUUGCCCCUCGAGUAACGAGGAUGGUCGGCCCAAGGGCCACCUAGGCGUAAAUUUGUUUAAGGUGUAAAAGUUGUCGCCAACACAACAACCACACCCUGAGAUAACGAGCUGAGUGACCAGUGUCAAAAAAUAGUCCGAGAAGACCGAACAACUCGUCAACAGCACUGGCUAACCAUUACCCCGGAAUAAUAUAGGCAAAU